CCUGGACCACGCAAGAGCGGCUACGGAUCUCUCAGGUCAGCACGUAGUGUGCAAGCGACAGGUCCAUCGUUUCUUGUUUGUGAAACAAGCAAACUGCCAUUCCGGACUGGAGUCAGAAAUUUGGUUUUCUUGACGUACUCGAUCGGACUGUCCUGGGAGGGGCGUUAUCGAGGGCAUGCUUAAGCACGGAAGAACGCCUGCGGACGUGGCGACGGCUUGUGCCGCAGUUUCAGGGCACACCCCUGACUUUUCGGUUUUAAUGGACUUCUGGAUCCACGACACAGGUUCUGUCCCGUUCCUUCGACUUCUCUGCUGAUUAUUACUAAAGGUGUGUCACGAGGCGGUAGAGGCCUCCGCUGCUGUGGUGGACGGGUAAAACCCAGGUCGAUUUUGCGCAAACCGUGCAUAAGCAGCCGCGCGUGCCGCUGCAGAGAAACUUCGCUCCCUUGGCAGACAUCUUCCCUUUUCCUAGGAUUUCUCUGUCCAGAGACCUCUCUUCCUCGUAGGUGUUAUCUUGCGGUUGAUCUCGGUCGAUUUUCCCUUGAACGCUGUUGCAUGCGGUGUUGUCGACAAGGCACUUAUAGGAGGAGAAAGGAGAGGAAAGCGACGAGUUCCGCGCUGGGGCAUUUCUUCUGUCGCAUCUUUGUUGGUCGCUUUCCUGCAUCCGAUGCAGACGUUUACUGCGUGACUUCUUCCCCUUUUCCCUGCCUCUACUCACUGCCACCCUCACGCACACAGCCAUCUGGAGACUGUCUACUUGUGUCUUCCGCCCUCAAUGCUCCCUUUCUUUUAGGUUCCGUCGCUCUCGAGCGGGAUCCCCAACAGCCGUGUUUUCUGCAACAAACAGAGUGUGGUCGGACAAGGAAGAUGGCCUGUGGUGGAUGCGCACUUAGGGGACAAGCCUCCCGGUCCCCUUCGUGGUUUUCGUUUUCCGCUGCUCUCUUUUAACAGAGUUAACAGAGUCAUAACAUGGCACCGCACGUCGUUCGUCGCGGUGUCUCCACCGCGGCAUUCUCGUCGUUUCCUCAGCCGCUGCCUGGAAGUCACCCACCUCCGUUCUGUCGUUUUUGUUUACUUGGUUCGCCACUUCUUUUCUUCCCUUCGCUCUCGUCUCGGUCCUUCACUUCAGGGGCUCUGCAACGCGCCGUUCGAGAGAUCCCCUGGAAGAGCCGACAGGAUAUCUUGCGCGAGCGCGAGAGGCCGGUGUAUGCAGCAGAAUGCCGAGGAACUCCCCGGAGAGAAUACUCAAAGAAUGUCAUCGACGGGGUUCGCGUCAAACCCACAUUCAACCCAUUCGUGAAGCUGAAUAAGGCGAAACGCUACGUCCUUGACAACUGGCCUUCCAGAAACUGGGACGACUGGUCUCCGUAUCGAUGCUACGUGCGGGGAAGCCGACGACGGUACAACAUUCCGCAGGACCUCCUGCCCUACAAAGACGAACUCGGCGAGUGGCACCCGCCCCGACUCUCGGCGCGAUACCAGGCAGACGUGAAGAAGCAAUACCUCAUGAACAAUCUCCCUUGGGUUUGGCAAAAGGAUUUUUAUGAAGGAAAAAUGCACUUCGGCGACAGAGAGCCUCUGGGACCGAAGGUUUGGUACCGCAAGGCUUUCAGAGAGGAAAGGGUGAAAGAGGCAAUGAGGAAGAUGGACGAUCUCGUUCUCGACUACCGGCAAGAGAACCGGGAUCGACGGAGGUACAAUUGGUUCGAGAAGGUCGUCCACGAUUUCGCAGGCGAAGAAAUUGCAACUCAGUUCAUCCGAAAGAGAAAGGAACCGAAACUGUAGACGAUAUGUCUUACGUUUUCUUUACCCUCUACAAAGUAUGUCUCUUUUCUUCUUUCACUCCUCCGCGUUUCUCUUCGCACCUUCGUUUCCCUCGGUUUCCGGUACGCUCGUCGCCUGCUCUUCCGAGCUGCACAAAGAAAUGGACGCGACUACAGCUCUCUCAGCGAGCCUAUGUUUUUUGUCUAGGCACACAUGCACAAUUCUGUAUGAUCAGUCUAUCUGCCAGCCUCUCUCCCUGUGUACCUUGCUCCUUUUGUUUUGGAAUACGACUACUUUGAACUAUGCGCCUGCGUAGUACAACCAUGUGUACGUCUCCUUGCUCUCCCAUAGUGAGUGCACCUGAACUGAACGAAAGCGCUUGUCUUCUUCGUUUCCCGUCUGUUUCUGGUUUCCUCCGUUUACGGAAGGCAGUCAGAACAAAGACGCGAUUGAUCUGUCCGAUGGUUCACCCGAAAGAAAAACGGGGAAAAGGUACAACCGUGGAGACGUGCCUUUCAAGCGCCGGCUGCCUCGCGCAGCGCACGUUCGCGAGAACGC